ACAGAAGUAAUUCUAAUAUUCUAAAGGAGGUCCAAGAAUAAAAUUCCCCAACUCUUCAUUCAUCGUAGCGUACAAUAGCAGCAGCAUUUGGUUUCUCCACUGCAGCCUCCGAACCAAGAUCUGCCCUUCUCUCUCAUUUUCAGAUCAAUCGUCUUUCCUUUCAUCCGGUGACUAAAAAUGGGGUUAUCUUUCAGCAAGUUGUUCAGCAGAUUGUUUGCAAAGAAAGAAAUGAGAAUUCUUAUGGUAGGUCUCGAUGCGGCUGGUAAGACCACUAUAUUAUACAAACUCAAGCUUGGUGAAAUCGUGACCACCAUUCCUACAAUUGGAUUCAAUGUGGAGACAGUGGAAUACAAGAACAUUAGCUUCACUGUCUGGGAUGUUGGGGGUCAAGACAAGAUCCGACCAUUGUGGAGGCAUUACUUUCAGAACACUCAAGGGCUUAUUUUUGUGGUAGAUAGUAAUGAUCGAGAUCGUGUUGUUGAAGCUAGGGAUGAACUUCAUAGGAUGUUGAAUGAGGAUGAACUUCGGGAUGCAGUGCUUCUUGUAUUUGCAAACAAACAAGAUCUUCCAAAUGCCAUGAAUGCUGCUGAGAUUACUGACAAGCUUGGACUUCACUCUCUCCGUCAGCGCCAUUGGUAUAUCCAGAGUACAUGUGCCACCUCUGGGGAAGGGCUAUACGAGGGGCUCGAUUGGCUCUCCAACAACAUUGCUAACAAGGGAUAGAAAGAGAUGUCGGAAUAAUUGUUUGUUGUUUACCGGUUUGUUGAACCCAAGAUUUGUCUUUUUUUACUUUUGUGGCUUUUGUUCAAAGUUAUUCAAUGCUGACUAUUUUGUCCUGUAGAUUGUCUCCAUUUUUUAUGGAGAUUCUAAAUUUGCGUAUGUAAUUUCAGCACUUAUAUAUAGCUUGUCUCGUCGCGCUUCUU